CCAAUGUACACGGAUGAGAUGUUCCGUAGAAGAUUUCGAAUGAGAAGACCUUUAUUCCUAAGGAUAGUAAAUGCACUCACCGAGUGGGAUCCCUAUUUCACAGAUAGGAUAGAUGCCACAAACCGACAAGGGCUCACACCAUUGCAAAAGUGUACUGCCGCCAUCCGCAUGUUGGCAUACGGCACCUCUGCCGACCAACUUGACGAGGUACUAAUGAUGGCUGCAAGCACUACAUUGGAAUGCUUGGAUAAGUUUGCACAAGGGGUGAUUGAAAAGUUCGGUGGAGAGUAUUUGCGGCCACCAAGAUGUGAUGAAGUGGAACAUUUGCUUCAAGUUGGCGAGUCUCGUGGUUUUCCUGGUAUGUUAGGUAGCAUAGACUGUAUGCACUGGCCAUGGGAAAAAUGCCCAACUGCAUGGAGGGGCCAAUUUACACGUGGUGAUCAUGGGGUUCCUACCAUGAUCCUGGAAGCAGUCGCUUCGCAAGACCUUCGGAUAUGGCAUGCUUAUUUUGGUACAGCGGGAUCAAACAAUGACAUCAAUGUCCUUAAUAAGUCACAUUUGUUUAUUCAAGAGUUGAAAGGGGAAGCUCCACGUGUUCAGUUCACUGUUAAUGGACGACAAUAUAAUAAGGGUUACUACCUUGCAGAUGGAAUUUAUCCAGAAUGGGCUGUCUUUGUAAAGACUAUAGCGCUUCCUCAGACGGAGAAGCACAAAUUAUUUGCACAACAUCAAGAAGGAGCAAGAAAAGAUGUUGAACGUGCAUUUGGAGUUCUACAGGCUCGUUUUAAUAUUGUUCGACGUCCAGCACGUUUUUGGAAGCGUGCUUCAGUCAACAAAGUUAUGGAAGCUUGUGUCAUUCUCCAUAAUAUGAUUGUUGAAGAUGAGGGAGAAAUGAUUAACAUUCCUUUGGACUUGAACGACAAUCCAGGAACAUCUUUCGCUUUACCGCCAGAGGUCAACUGUGGACCUAAUAUUUGCUUCGCUGAUGUUCUACAAAGAAACUCCGCUAUUCGUGCGAGACCGACACAUAAACAACUCAAGGAAGAUUUAGUUGAGCAUAUUUGGAGAACUAUGAGAGACGAGUGAUCUGUUAGCACUUCUAUUGCUCUUAAUUUGUAUUCAUCUUCUCUUCUUCGUACAUUAUACACAUUCCUUAC